AAAAGCGACGUCGUAAAGCAGUUUGAUAAUCUACACUUUGGUCUAGGUAUCCCGGUACCUCUCAUCAGGGUUGUCAUUGGCCGGCCUGGACCCCGAAACGCUCGAAACCCCAAAGAGGAGCGCUUUUCUGGCCACUUUCCAAGUGGGAAAGCAAAUCAAAACCCUAAGAGCAGCUUCCAAACAAACACAGUGACUGAAGAAGAUGCCAUCCGAAGAUGCUAAGGCUGUGAAGAAAGAGGAGGACAGAGACGAAAAGAGCUUGAGUUCCAUCCUGGAAUCUCGCAAGAAGAAACCCACAAAUGCCAAUGCUAAACCUAAGGUAGUGAAGAAAGAAGACGUGAAAGAUGAGGAUGACGAUUUUGAUAAACCCAUUAAGAGAGUUGCUGCUGGCGCGAGGGAGUCAAGAGUUAAGAAGGAACACAAUGACAUUCUUGAUGACAACAAACCCAUCUCUAAAAACAACUCCACAACCACUACUGCUGCUGCUAAGGCUGAUAAUAAGCUACCUAAAUUAUUAAUGGGUGUGGUUUUGUUUACUUUUCUGUAUCGAUUAAAUGGGGAGAAGGAGCUGAAGAAGAAGAAAAAGAAGGGUGAGGAAAAGAAAGAAGAAGUGCAACAAAAUGGGAAGAAGAGGGAGAAGAAGGUUUAUGAUCUGCCUGGUCAGAAGCGAGACCCUCCUGAGGAGAGAGACCCUCUCAGAAUUUUCUAUGAGACACUCUAUAAGCAGGUUCCCGAGAGUGAAAUGGCACAAUUCUGGAUGAUGGAGUCGGGGUUGCUGUCAUUUGAUGAGGCAAAGAAAGUAUUUGAGAAGAAACAAAAGAGGAAUCAGCAGCAAAAGUUAAGUUCUCCCACAAAACCAAUUUCUUCUCCAGUUUCAGCAAGUAAAAAGAAGACAAGUGAGUCCAAAGUUGGUGUGAAUCAAUCUAAGAAGAGAAAGGUUGAAGAUGAAAGCAGUGAGGAAGAUUCUGAUGAUGAUUUCAGGGUUAAAAAGUUGGCAAAGAAACAGAAAGCCAAGUGAUUCAUGUUAAUCAUUAACCAUUGAUUUAUUGUGUUUCAUCCAUUUACUGUCUGUCACCUGAUACUUCUAAUUACCUACAAUUUUUAACUUCUCAAGGGUUAUCAAGCUCCAGGUUUCUUAUCCAAUAUUAACUUGAUACUAAUUGCUAGAUUGAAAUCUACGGUCUCAGUCACAACCCUCUCAUC